GAAUGCAAUACACUUUAUUAACUAUAGUUCUCAUGUUGUUCCAAGUAUUCUGACCUUUUCAGCUAGCAGAGGAUGAGAGGGACAAGGUGGUGGCGGCAUUGGCAUCUCAAGCAAGAGCAAGGUAAAGGCAUUGAAGUGAUGCAGGAGGUCAACAAGUGAGGGACGGCCUGGGGACUCGCCGUGGGGGCUUUGAACAUAAGUGGUUUAAAAUGUUAAUGUUGAAUAAGUGAACUGAGUGAACUGUUACCUCCCCUCCUGGGAUAUGUCCUUACAGAAACUCAUGGAGCCAGAAGCUGGGACCAACAGGACCGCUGUUGCUGAGUUCAUUCUACUGGGCCUAGUGCAAACAGAAGAGAUGCAGUCUGUGGUCUUUGUGCUUCUCCUCUUUGCCUAUCUGGUCACAAUUGGGGGCAACCUCAGCAUCCUGGCAGCUGUCUUGGUGGAGCCCAAACUCCACACCCCCAUGUACUUCUUCCUGGGGAACCUAUCAGUGCUGGAUGUCGGAUGUAUCACUGUCACUGUUCCUGCAAUUUUGGAUCGUCUCUUGUCCCACCAGCGUACAAUUUCCUAUGAUGCCUGCCUCUCCAAGCUCUUCUUCUUCCACCUUCUGGCUGGGAUGGACUGCUUCCUGCUGACCGCCAUGGCCUAUGACCGAUUCCUGGCCAUCUGCCGGCCCCUCACCUACAGCACCCGCAUGAGUCAGACAGUCCAGAGGAUGUUGGUGGCUGCGUCCUGGGCUUGUGCUUUCACUAGCGCACUGACCCACACUGUGGCCAUGUCCGCACUCAGCUUCUGUGGCCCCAACGAGGUCAGUCACUUCUAUUGUGACCUCCCACAGCUCUUCCAGCUCUCCUGCUCCAGCGCCCAACUCAAUGAGCUGCUGCUCUUUGCUGUGGGUUUCAUUAUGGCAGGCACAGCUUUGGUUCUCAUCGUCACCUCCUACAGCCACGUGGCAGCUGCAGUUCUACGAAUCCGUUCAGUGGAGGGCCGGAAGAAGGCCUUUUCUACCUGGGGCUCCCACCUCACUGUGGUCUGUCUUUUCUAUGGAACAGGCAUCUUCAACCACAUGAGACUGGGUUCAGAGGAGGCUUCAAACAAGGAUAAAGGGGUUGGAGUUUUCAACACUGUCUUUUCUAUGGAACAGGUAUCUUCAACCGCAUGAGACUGGGUUCAGAGGAGGCUUCAAACAAGGAUAAAGGGGUUGGAGUUUUCAACACUGUUAUCAACUCUAUGCUGAACCCUCUUAUCUACAGCCUCAGAAACCCUGAUGUUUAGGGUGCUCUGUGGCGAAUAUUUUUGGGGAGGAGAUCACUGACCUGAGAAGUGAUGGGGUCCCUCCUUUUGUGCCUUUUCUGGACUGAGAAAAAUUCCCCAUGAAGACAGCAACCAGGAAAAAUUCAGCCACAACUA